AAAUAAGCGGAAUGGAAUGUGAAUGGAAUCUCUAGGAGUUCGUUUUUAGAUCUUUUCAUUUUGUACAUAUACUCCUUCCUUCCUUUGUGUAUAGUAUCUCCAACUAGAUUCUGAAUACAUUUUCCUAUCAAGAACCUAGCCGAGACAGGUAGAUUCAAGACUUCCACCUGCUUACAAUAAAAUAACAUUUUCAAAAUGCCACUCAAUCUGAGUUCGGUCUUUCCCGCCGCGGACCCUGAGUUUGUAACAUUCCCGAGUAGGAGAAGUGUUGUUCAUAGCACUGAGGGUAUGAUCGCUUGUACUCAGCCAUUGGCUGCUAAUUGUGGUCUCAAAGUCUUGAAUGCAGGUGGAAACGCUGCUGUAAGUUGGCAUUAAUCUAAAAGCUUCACAGGCUAAUUCACUCAAGGAUGCAGCAGUUGCAGUUGGUAUGUUGGCCAGUUUCAAUAUAACAUCUAGUCUAACAAGUUUUCAGCUGCCGGCCUCAAUCUAACAGAACCGACCUCCACGGGUAUUGGUGGUGAUAUGUUUUGUCUCUUCUACGAUGCCAAGACAAAAAAAGUUAGUUCUUUAAAUGGUUCUGGUCGCGCAGGCAUGAAAUGCUCUCUCGAGAAUAUCCGACAAGGUCUCGGAUUUAAGGAUGACGAACCUGCAAGAAUCCCAUUGAAAAGUCCACAUGCUGUUACUGUACCGGGUGCAGCUGCAGGAUGGGUUGAUACUGUGGAGAAAUUUGGCAGUGGCAAUCUUACUUUGGAGCAAAUUUUGGCCCCUGCUAUUGAGAUGGGUGAAAAGGGGUUUCCCGUCUCUGAAUUAGCCUCAACUAUGGUAUGUUAAAUCGUCAUAUUUUUGAUUAUCUUGGCAAAACCUAACGAGAUAAUAGUGGCGAAAUAGCGAAGGUCUACUUCAGAAAGCAUCUCCUAACUUCUCUGAAAUGCUAAAAGAGGAUUCAAGUGCUCCACAUGGCUGGCGUGCACCCAGACCAGGAGAGAUAUUUAAGAAUCCAAAUCUUGCCAAGACUUUCAGAACACUUGCAACCGAGGGUAAAAGAGGAUUUUACACUGGGAAAAUUGCCGAAGAAAUCAUCAGAGUUACUCGAAAUCUAGGCGGAUUUCUCGAAUUAGACGAUUUGAAAAACCACAUGGAGAUCGGCAGUGAGGAAUCUACACCUAUCUCAAAAGUUUUCAAAGGUCAAGGAUAUAACAAAACCAGUCAUUUCGUUAAUGGAAUUUCCGGCCAAGGCAUUAGCGAAGACAACCACGGCGUCAGAGUUUGGGAACAUCCACCCAACGGCCAAGGACUCGUCGCACUUAUGACGCUCGGUAUCCUCGAAGAACUCGAAAACACGGGUAAAAUUCCGCAUUUCACAGAAAAGGACCACAAUUCAACUGAAUACCUCCACGCCGUUAUCGAAUCUCUGCGUAUCGCCUUCGCAGAUGCUAGUUGGUUUAUUGCCGAUCCAGCAUUCACCAAAGUCCCCGUCGAAGAACUAGUCUCCCAGUCUUAUCUUGCCGAACGCGCCAAACUCUUCGACCCCCAGCGCUCUAAUCCUGAAAUUUAUGACCAUGGAUCGCCUGCCCAUAAUCAUAGUGACACGGUCUACUUUGCUGUAACCGACAAAUGGGGCAAUGGAAUAUCCUUCAUAAACUCCAACUUUGAAGGGUUCGGCAGUGGUAUCAUUCCCAAAGGCUGUGGAUUUGUUCUCCAAAACCGAGGUGGCAAUUUCUCGCUUCAGAAGGGUCAUGCUAAUGUCAUCGCUCCUGGUAAAAGACCUUAUCAUACUAUCAUUCCAGCGAUGAUUACCAACGUGCACGACGAUUCACUACAUAGCGUAUACGGCGUCAUGGGAGGAUUCAUGCAACCCCAAGGACAUGUUCAGGUAUUGCUUAAUAUGUUGGCAUUUAAGUUGAAUCCACAAGCGGCGCUCGAUGCCCCCAGGUUUUGUAUAAGUGCAGAUGGAAUUCCAGGAGAAUCGCAUAAAGAGAAAAAAGUAUUUUUAGAGGAGGGGAUCAGUGAAGAUGUGUUUGAGAAGUUGAAGGCGUUGGGUCAUCAGGUGCAAAUGGUUAAAGGGUAUCAGAGGGGUGUUUUCGGGAGAGGACAGCUAAUUAGAGUUCAUGGGGACGACGAUGGGGUUUUGGUUUACAGUGGUGGUAGUGAUCCUAGGGGAGAUGGGGCAGUUUAUCCUGGUUAGAUGGAUGAUUGAGAUGGAAGAUCAAAGUUGGAAAAGCUUGGAUGGUAGAGUAGGUAGGAAAGGGCUUUUGAAUAAGAAGAAAGAGGUGAGAUCCGGAUCUUGGAUUACAGAAUGCAUAAGUGUUUAUAUCAUUAACCAUCUUUUUCAAAUACGAUAUAAAAAGCUUCGCACAAGUACCCAAAAUCAUUCAUUG